CUGGCGCUUUCGGAGCUGCAAGCCUGCUUCCAGUUGACAUGCGUACUGGCAGUGUUGUUUCGCGAUGAUUUUUGUGUUUGGGGGUCUCGUAAGCGAAGCUUUAGUUGUUUUCUUCUACUCUCACAGUGCCUUUUUAUCUACGUGUGUGCGCGUUUUUGUAAAAGUAUGAUAGCCGGCCAAGCGACAAGACGCCGAUAAAGCCUUUGAAGUGCCUGAUGGCCUUAGCUUGCUCUUAAAAAUUUUCUCCUUGGAGGCCGUGCCAUGAGUUUUCGGAAGCGGCCCCGCCCGGGCAGCGUCUCUUAAGCCUUGCCGGGGCAGCAAUGUCUGCCAAGGCCCCGUACUACUACAGUGAACUGGGGCCCGACAAGAGCCCCUUGGGGGCGCCGCCACCUCCUGAUGAGCCGGCGGGGCUCAAUGGCGGCACCCCACCUCCGGGGUCUUCAGCUUCCGAGUCGGCAGCCGCAGACACGUCACCCAUUGGCGACCAGGGCGGCGGCUUCUUCAACCCACUGCUCUCGAUCGAGCCUGAUGUUUCGGUGCCGGACACGCCACCGAAGCAAGGCACCGGUGGUGGCAGCAAUAACAACAAAAAGAAGAAGAAAGGCAAGAAAAAGGGUGGAUCUCCCAGCAAGUCGAACGGCAUCUACGGCACGACCACGGCGUACGCCCGCCAGCUGCUUUUUGGCUCGAGCAAGUCCAACAACGGGGCCGACAAGAAGAACCGUCGGGGCUCCGAGCCCAACAUCUACGAGGAGAUAACGGACGCCGAGGAACAGUACACCGCCGCACGGAGUGAACAGUGUCUGCGGGCGGGCGGGGCUCCGACGAUUCCGCGGCGACCCCGCCCGCCACCUUACGAUGGUGCGCCGCAACACGUGCGCGAGGAGGUGACGCGAGUGCAUCGCACGCACGCGCACAUACUUGAGAACCUCAACCUCGAUGUGGAGACGAUGUUGAUGCCAGACGCUGUGCCGCCCACCGAGGUGCGGGGCGGGGGGGAACAGCAGCAGCGAGGCAGCAGUGGGGACUAUGGAACGUUGGGGACCAAGCUGGGGAGGCAGGUCGUUGACCCACACCAUCACCAUGCUCACACCACGUGGAGACGCGUGAUGAACGAGUAUGUGGAGCACCGGUCGGCACCUGGAGAGCUGCAGGGUGGCACACUGCCGGCCAGGGCAUCCAAGCUGCACCGCAUCCCUUACGCUAGUCACAAAACAUUCCAGCAGCCUUGCCAGUCGGCACCGCCUCCUCCUCUCCCCGCUGGGUCAGCGUCCGCCAGCCCAUAUGGGCGUGCGGUGCUGCCCAGCGGCAGCGAAGCGGGCACCGCACCCCUGCCCGAGCCUCUGUACAUGCUCUACGACGACACGCACAAGCGGAGAACUACACCGCUGCUUGCCGCUGCAGAUGCAGGGAUGCGUCCCGAGGACAACAUCUACGAGGAGGUGGACAUCUACCGACGAGACACAAUCACCUGCGAGGACGGCUACAGUGCGGCCGGCUCCGAGCUUGGCCUAGAUCAUUCAGAGAGUUCGGAGGAAGGCGACACCACGGGCCGAGUGCGCCGAGGCUCGCGCUUGGGCAGCAACAGCAGCAAGCCGGGCAAGAAGCGCAAGGAUUCCGACCUGACCAGCAGCUUCACACGCUUCUUCUCCACCCGGCGGAAAGAUUUCGAUUCUGACAAGUUGGGGAGCCGCAUGGGAAGCCGCCAGUUGUCAGAGGAUGAAGGCUACGGUGAUGUGAAAGCACCCAAAAAGCAGAGACCCCCAUUGGCUCUGCCAGCUGUGCCUCCUGGCCUCACACCUGAACAGAAAAAGAGGCGAUUCAUUGUACAUAACAUAGUUGAAAGUGAAAAUUCAUACGUCGGAACUCUUCAAAGGCUCAUCCUUGACUUCAAGCGACCGCUGAUGGCCAGCCAGCCACCGCUUGUGAGCCAGCGCAAGGUGGACACCAUGUUCUUCCGUCUCGAGGAGAUCAUGCAGUGCCACACGCUCUUUGGCAUCGCCCUCAAUCAGUGCAUCUGCGAAUGGGACCAGCAGGAGCGCAUAGGCGAAGUCUUUCUCGCAUCGUUUUCAAAGCCAAUCGUACUCGACAUCUACAGCGACUUCAUCAACAACUUUAGCACAGCCAUGGAGACAGCGAAGCAAGCAGCUAAGAGCAAGUCUGCUUUUGCAGAAUUUCUCAAGUCACGUGCUCCGCCGCCCUCAGAAGAAGGUUCAGGCUCGGGGAGGGAGUCGUACAAGAUGAAGCAGAUCUACAGUCCUGACCGGCUGUCGUUCUUCGGCCUCAUGGUGAAGCCAGUGCAGCGGUUUCCCCAGUUUAUCCUGCUCCUUCAGGACCUGCUGAAGCAGACUCCCAAGGGCCAUGAUGACCGGAUGUACCUGCAGCUGGCCCUGACUCAGUUGGAGCAGCUGGCCGAGGCGCUCAACGAACGCAAGCGCACUGCCGAGCAACACCAUGCCGUCCUGCAGGUGCUUGGGUCCCUGGGAUCCAAGUUCUCACUCAAGGCAUUGGCAGCAGCUUCUUCAACAGUGGACAGCACAGAUCACUUCCUUUUGCGGCAAGAUGACGUUCUACAGCUGGAAGUUGACCAGAGCGGGCUUGUUGUCAAGUCGAAACCGCGGCGUAUUUUCCUGCUGAACGACCUUCUUGUCUGCGUCACAGUGACUUCAAGACCAUCGGAAGGGGGCCAGGGUGGCAGGGAGCGGCUGAGUCUCAAGUGGGCAGUGCCCCUGCAAGACGUGGACGUGCAGGAGGACAUCGCCCCGGCCACUCGCAACCUCCUCGCCUCCUCCGGACGGGCACGAAACUCAGCGGGACGCCUCGUACCUGUCGGACACCCCGAAAGUGCAGGUUCCAUGCAAGUGCUGUACGACGAGCUCACUGACCUUGUCCACGACCUGGAAGUCGUGAGCCGCAUCGCUGUGCUAGUCAAAUCUCUCCGAAGACCUUACUCGGAAAUCUCGGUGGAGAGCGUGCAGAGCAUGGCACGCAGCAUUCAGGACGCAGUGCGCCAGAAGGAUGAGGAGAUAACCCUGCUCGACAGCUGCUGUCUGCAACUGGCACUCCCACAGAAGUCAAAGUCCCAGAAAGUACAAGUUAGUUUCCAGCUGUCAAGCCCUGCUGUUAAAAGAGACUGGACUACUGACCUGCGUCUUGCAAAGCUGGCUUUGGACCCCAACAACAUGCCAGCCUGGGACGUGCCAGAACUGGACAAACGGCCGUCCAGCAAGCUACCUCUUCUCGUUCGAUUGACGCCCCUCUACCCUGCCUCAACACCCACAGAGGUCAAGUGCGGCUGUUUCUACAGCGUGGCACCCACAACGCCGGGCGGCCUCCGGGGCCAUUACCUGUGGCUGUGCAGCACUGACGGUGUGAACAGCCACCUGGUGAUCCUGUCGAUGCAGCAGAUAGCCCUGCGCUCCGUGGGUGCCUUCGACCUGCCCGAGUCCCGAAUCGCGGCCAUGGAGGCUGUGCCACCUGCACCGGACCCGGAUGUCAGCCCGCCUCAGCCUCCGCCUCCGGGGGCUGCCGAGACUGUGUGGAUCACCACCGAGACUAAGAGGUUGAUUCUGCUUCUGGCUUCAUCUCCGGACAAGUGGACUGAAGUGGGAAGCACCACAGUCAUAGCACCUGUGACCCAAAUACUUUACCACUGCGAACGUGUAUAUGUGGCCCUGAGCAAUGGCUCCCUCAACAUCUACCAGAGGGACCCAGCAACUGGUGGUUGGGAUCUAGAAUCUCCCGGUGUUCUUGUCCUGGGGACGGAGCCCAUCACGUCUCUCCUUCCCCUGGGAACGCUGCUGUAUUGUGCCUGUGCUGACAAGAUCUACGUGCUCGACGCAUUUACGUCAGACAUACAGAGGACGCAUACGUUGAACCAAGAGGAAGGUGGCCAAGCCUACCUCAUGGCUCACUCGGGCACGGGACUUUGGAUUGCACUGAAAAACUCUUCUCGCAUCAGCCUUUACCACACAGAGACGUUUCAGCACCUGCAGGACGUUGACGUCGCUGAGGGCGUCAACCGCUUCCUUUCAGCCAAGCAAGGCAGCAUCCGGCCAGCAGUCACUGUGACCUCCCUGGUUGCCGGGCCGGGCCUGCUCUGGGUGGGCACGAGUGCCGGAGUGGUUCUGACGCUACCACUGCCUCGACUCGAGGGGGUGCCCAUCUUGGGAGGGCGCACCUACCUGGCUCACCAUGGACACCGAGGACCCGUCACCUUCCUGCUUUGCCUCCAACCGCGAGUGCACCCGUCCCGCCGUGGAUCCAGCAGGGCCCAGCAACACAGGACUUCGGUUGCCCCGGAAGAGGCGGGCGCGGAGCAGCUGGCGGAAGAAGGUGAAGAGGAAGAGGAAGAACUGGCGAAGGCAGCAAAGGACGAAGCGGGCGACGCCGUCGCAGAGGAGGCGGAGCUGGACGCAGCCAGCACCAGCGGUGUUCAGAAACAGAAGUCUGACUCGGUCUUACCCUCAACUCCUGCGAGCCACAAGCUGGGAACAAGGGCUCUUCGCCGGACAGCCACCGAGAACGUGCACAUGUCGGGUGCCAAGACGCUUCCCCGCGGCCUCUCCCUGUGUGCUCGAGCCAGCGCUGCGAGCGGACUGACCCUUAGCAGUGCCGGAGGUGUGAGCACCGACAGCGGCAACGACAGUGGCAGCAGCCCCGAGGCGAGCCGCAGCGAGGUGUAUGGCCUAUAUGCAGACCUCAUGAACGUGCAGGACUACGAGAGCCACGAGCAGCUCAACCGCAGCGACCCCGAGCUCAUGCACUUUCACUUUGCGACACUGGGGCGCAGGUCACACCGACCCGGUCGACCGCGUUCCUGGGACCUCUCCACCAUGGAAGUGUCGGGAGACUCGGACUCAUCCGCAGCCACUUGCGACGCACACAACGCAGCCAAUGCGGCUGCCCAGGCAGCCGCGGCGGUUCCCAGUGCCGCUGUACUCCAGGCAGCUGGCACCUCUUCUUCCUCGUCGGAUGCGGGUCCCAAGUCGUCAUUCGCAUCGUCACCAUCGCCGUCGCUGUCGUCGGUCGAAGGGCCAGCGUACGGCACCAUGCGGCAGCCGCGGCGGCCCGGUCAGCCAGUGCCGAGGGGAGCACACCAUUCGGGUUCGGGUGGUGCCGCGGACAGCGGGCCACAGAGCAAGACGCUACUCACUUUGACCGGAGGUUGUGGCUACGUAAACUGGCGCAGGAUGGCCAGCGACCACCUGGCUUCCUCGCCAAGUGGCGACGCCCUCGUUCUCAUUUGGGAGAUGAAAGUCUGAAGCUGAAUCCCCACUCCUCAUUCUUUAUUUUUUCCGUAUCUCAGUGGGACGUUGGAAGUUGGUUCAAUACCAUGUGUGAAGACGGAUACGUAGGGUUCUUUUUCCCCAUUUUGCGGUGCAGCUAUCGCCUUUGUCUCUCUAAUAACUCGCACUGCACUCGAUGGUUGGGUGUAGAUGCUGCUCGCCUUUGUAGGUUGUGUGCAUGCAUUGAAGUGGGUUUCGGUGGGGGUGGUAGGGAGUGAAGGUGAUGCUGUGAAGAGAGUUUGAAAACCUCUAGUGCAUUGCACUGCUUUCAGAUGCUAUUUCUGUUCUCGUUCUGGGCGAGUUCCGUUUUGCUGUGUAAUACUUGCUUUUCAUUUGUUACAAGGAAACGUAGUACCGAUAGCGACGCCUCUCUUUCUGCCCCCUCCUGGUUUCAUGUUUCAUGUUGGGACUUCUGGAUUGUCAAUGUCUAGGCCACUAGAGACAAGCCAAUGUCAGAUUUGGUGCAGCAACAUGUUGUGCAUGUCACCUGCGCUGAGCAGCAGCGUUCCGUAGAGGAGUUAAAUCUUGUUGUGUACUGCUUACCGGUGCAUUUCGCAUAGCAGCAGUGAAGGUAGUACAGGCACAGCGUUUUUCUUUUUUUUGACAAGGCUUCAUUAAACGGCGGGGAUGUUCCUUGCUGGAAGCACAUCUUAGACGCUUUCCGAUUGGCUAGGGCUCAUUUUUGCUCAACUUGUUUCACAAUGCCGUCCUUCCUUGGAGAGAAAAAAGACGGGCUUGCCAGGUGGCAUUGGCUCGUCUUCAGUUGACAAGUCGCAUUUUGUUUUGCAAAAGGAGCUCACGUGCAUCGCUAAUGUGUGCAAUGAUAAAAUAAUCUCACGAGGGAAAGUUACCCUUCUAUUCCUUCUGACCUUUAAUUAAAGAUUUACUGUGAGCAGCUUCUGAACAGAGAACGAAAUGUUUGAGACGUAUGAUGAGGGAGCCUUCUUAGCUCCUUUUUUUUUUUUCUUAGAUUGGAAGUUCCUUGGUGAUGUGCCUUGCUGCCGUCUGUGUGUCACAGCCAACUUGUUGGCAACUGGAGCCUCAGAAAUCAGCAUACUGAAAUUGCAUCUUGGAUCUUGUAUUGGGGAUCAGAUGCUGUCCUCCGUUGUUGCAGAAGUGUGCACGGCCAAACAAUGUGUGCAGUAGUAGCUUCACUUUCCUAAUGAACAAAAAUAUGAGUAACUUUUAAUCUUACAAAAGGGAAUGUGUAAUGGUACUUUGAAGCUAGGGAACGCGCGACAUCCAGCAUUCCACAACAAGGGGGGGCAGGCGGCACCUUGUUUUUGCCGUGGAACACUGCUCCUUGUGUGUUGGCUGUUCUUGACACUGUAGCACGUACCCAGUUGCUUUUUAUUCAAUCCUCUUGAACGCUGUGUUCGUUUGCAUUUCCGUUUUCCUUCUCAUUGCAGCUAAGCUCGGGCAGUUUAGAAAAAAACUGGAUACAUUGACAUACUUCAUUGGGAUCGAACCUUCAGUUGGCGCAGUUAUUAUUUUUUUUUCUCUAGCAUUUGUGGCACCAUCGAAGCAACUUCAUCUGUUAUGUACCGAUUGGUCGAAGACAAGACUCAUUGAAAAUGUUAACGUAGGUAUUGCAAGGGAGCAGGUGUGUUGUGCGUUUAGCCCCUUCUUUUUCGUGUUGCAUUCAUUUUCGCUGUUUCAUUUGUUAGAGUUAUGGGGGUGGUGCUCCACGCGCUUCUGCUGCGGCGAGGUUGGUUCAACAUCAGUGUGCGAGUUUGGUGUUGCGUGUUCAAGUAGGUGCACGUUUCCCACGGAUUGUGCGUUUUUCACCUUCCACUACUGCCCUUCCACUGGUUACAUUUCGCAGUACCGGUAAUGACUAUUGUCAAUGGCGUUUUCUGCGUUUACUGCCGUGGCUUGUCGUUUUCGAACAAAGGUGCCUGUACGACCAACCUCCAGUAGCUUGCGGUGACAAACCUUUUCUUUUUCUUUAUAUGUUUGUUUGUUUUUCUAUACAAAACAAUCGGUUUAUAGUUUGUUCAGUCUUGGACGUUGCGCAUUCAGGAGGGCUCUCGAGAGGUUUUUAACUUGUGCUUGCUCCACGAGUGGCAAGCCACCAUUAUUUACUUGUACAUUUACGUAUUCGUCCUAUUUUGCUCGAGAUUGAAUUUUUCUACUCGGGUCCCGGUUGACUCCAAGGUCGUUAGUGCACUCGGCUAGACAUCUGGAAGAAAGAAGUGCAUGUCACGGCGGUGUACAUGCCACAUUUCUGUGACGUGAACUGAGGAACGUAAAAAAAAAAGAAAAUAGGAAAAACAAAAAGCGGAAGUUGAAUUAAUUUAGUAACUCAAGUACGCUCUGUUUUUCUGUCGUAUGCGGAGUUGACAAAAAAACCAACAUCUUCACGUAGAAAUUGACUUGAACAGAAUGCUUUAUUUAUGUUAAAAAGGUGCUGCAGUUGAAAAGCUUACCUUUAGGCAAAAACAUUCUUUAAGUUACAGCCGCCGCAUGACCUACUCUUGUUUGCCAUUUACUGACCUUUCCAUUGUGUUCUUGCAGUGGCAGUUUGGCAGGAUACAUUUCACCUCCUUCGUACAUUUGGAACAUCCACUAAAGCAGAAACCACAAAUAGGUGAUAAUUAUUUUCAUGUGUAAUCCUAGGAUAUUUUUAUUUCAACGUGUUAAGCAGACGUAGCUAGGCAUUUGGGUUGAAAAUGCGCAGAGCAGUUGCCGAGUGGUUCUUCAGCAAGCCCCGUGUUAUGUGACACAAGGUAGUGUAGAAAAGGUUGGAGUGUUCCCCACAACUUCACACUCUGCACUGGGCCGGCGUAGACAGAUGCAGCGUCUGCAGAAAAAUUUGUCCGUGCCGCGGCACCUCCCUCGGAUACGUUGCGUUUCCUGUCAGUCCCUAUCAAGAGCGCGUGUGCAUGCACGAGAUAUCUGGUGUUGUAUCUCGUGUUGAACAUUUGCAAUAUCUGGUGAGUUACCCCCGGUAGCGCAAUAACGUUGCAAAAUGGGAAGUUCCACACAGUAGAGCCUCGUCUGCACUUUCCCGGUUUUCACUCUUUCCCGGUUUAUGCGGUCAUGGUUGCGAACUUGCUGAUAGGCAUUACCCUUCUCAGUCAUGAAGUUCAGACCUAAAUAUAAUACUUUUCUUUCACUCCCUUUCUCUCUCUUAUAAUGUCAGAGUAUACUGGUGACGUUCUACUGUGCUCUGCUGACCAUAUUCACCACUGUUUUGAUUUUCAGUUGUUUCAGUGUGCUAGCACAAGCGAUUUGGGCAGCUUCUGCGGGUGGCGAAAGAGCCAAGUAUGUGGUAACCAUCGUUUAGCUGAUCGGGGCUCCUUUCUUGCGUGCCUAUAUGUUAACAUUACCGGUAAAAGAAGCUUGUUUACAUUUCAUGGGUGCACCAUUUCAGCUACCACAUUUUGCAGUUGUCAUAGCUAUAGCACGCCGGCCUCAGGAAUUUCAUUUGUCCUCUCGGUUCUCAAUGUCUCUCUCUGGUUUUUAUCAUUUUGUCCUUGAAGCUUUUAUUUGAAUUGUACUAUCUCCUCAGGCGCUCGCUCACUCUUUUUGUACGUCUUCCUGUGUUUUGCAUAGCUUGCUUUUGGGGAUAGUUGUGUAGUUGACAUUUUAUUUAUUCCAAGUCGUUGAGACCACAUUUGUAGCAGCUGUCGCUCUUUAUACACGGUUCGCGUCUUGUUUUCUUGUUCCUUAUUUUAGUUCGAAUUAUCUAACUGCACACGAACAACGUAAACUGCCUUUCUUUGAUUGUCACAUCAAGGAGGUUUUUGUAAACUCCUUCACCAUCUGGUUUUUGUGGAUUCUGUUGGCGGCUUGUGAAUUAGCAUGACGACUUUGUGAACUUUGAACAUGAGAUGCUUAUGGUUACUCACCAUAACCACGAAACAUUGUAAACUUCGUGUUCACUGGCACGGAUGAUAUACAAGGUAUGGAAACGGGUCUGCUUUAGAAAAAGAUGUAAUGAGUUCGUUUUUCUCCAGGGUAACAUUUCACUCUUUUGCAUCAAAUCCGUCCCCCCCUACCCACCCCCUCAUGACGUCUGUAUGCUAUGUUCCUAAACUACUCUUUGCAUCGCUGUGCUUUUGUUCCUAAAUACCAAAGGCUGUUUUAAUUUAAUUUUUAUACAUGUAGCCAGCAGCAAACGUAUGAGUGUACCUUUUUUGUGCAUGUUUUCUUGAAAUAAGCCACAUUUUAAAGGCAUGCUCUGAACCAUUCGCACAUUCAUUUGGAAGCUUACUGCCAGUACGACAGACCACAAAAACAUGGGUCUCUCCAAUGCUAUUGUACAACGAUACUUCUUUCAUUUGAUUCGAUUCCAUUUUCAUCUUCUGUUGCUGCUCCUGAUGGUGGUGUAAGUGGUGUAACUCUGAAACCAGCGACGAAAGAAAUUGGUUUGAAGCACUUGACAUCGAUUGAGACAUCUGAAAUGCAAUUUCCAUAUUAUGCUAACCUUGGCACUUGCUCGUGCUUCCAUUUUGAAAGCCUUUUUUUUUUUUUUUUUAAAGCUAUGUCAGAUUGCUACCAACCAAGGCUUUUGCAAGAACGAACAUCUGAAAAAAAAUACAUAAGGAAGCAAGCUGCUUUUUGCUAGUCAUUUUCACUUUUAAUUUCGCACUAAUCUUUUUCUCUUUCUCUCUGUAGCAGCUUCAUUGUUUCUAAAGCUUUAACAUUUCACGAAGAAAGGAGCACGACACACUGUAUCGUUGUACAGAAAGGGAAGUGCCACAUUAGUUCGUGUCGUGCGGUACGUGCGUCCCUUCACUUUUGCACAUCUUUUCAACGCACACUUGAUCAGUGUGUCGCACAUUGAAUGUUUUCAUUGUCUAGGUGGGCGAUUCGAGAACGCCUGUCGAUUUCAAAGAUACGUCCGGUCGUUCCUUUAUGCGCGCAACUCGCGAACGCUCUUUGGACGCUGCCACUCAUUCGUGAACUGCCAGUCCUUAUUCCCUUGUCGACUCGGUGCUCAAGCCGGUUUUGGCGCGACGAACGCGAGCCGGCAGCGUAGGUUGUGUUUGCCAUCGUUCCGCGAUGGCAAAACAGCUACUUUUCUCUAGCUAAAUCUAUGUGCUCACAUUUUCAUUAAGAUGGUGAAAAAGAAAAAUAGGACGAGAGACUUGUAGCCAAGAAGUUUUACAGUUUCUUCGUUUUCUGGGCACUUAGCGGUUACGGUGUGGGCUGUCGCCGUUAGGGAUCGUCUUUUACGUUUGAGGACGGUCUGAAAAACCGCAUAGCACAGCAACCCAGUGCUUUAAAGAAUGGGCACACACUCGCUACCGUGCCUCCAGUUUCGUAAUUUUUACAAUUUUGCGGCGUUCGCAUAAGUAUCGCUGUCAUCUCGGCACACAGAUAGCACGAAGCACAAUUGCGAACAUGUACUCCUUCUGUCGGGUGUGCACGUUUUGUUCAAUAGCCAGUAUUAUAGCUUGUCUCCAAUGACAAUUAGACUGUGUGUCUUCUCUUUCAUUUUUCACGCUUUCCGUGUGUGCGUGCCGCAGCUGCAGUGAAAUCUCAUCACAAGCACAGCAAAAUUUUCUUUUCAGUAAUUGCCAGCUUCGAGAGUCGAGUCGCAUGUUGGAGCGCUUGACACUCGUGCGUUGCAGCAACAGUGGCCCGCUGAAGUCGCUACGGUGACGUUUCACCGCUGCGCUAGGAACCUUGUAGAUUGUCUUGGUAGGAAACGGCCGGCAAAGAGUGUGCGGCUUACGACGGAGAAAGGAAGCCGGGGUUUAGAAAUAUGCGUGUGUGUGCGUGUGUGUUGCGUUUGUGUAGUGUUGGAAGGAAUCUCUAGGAACGGUUAGGGCAGCGCUCGCGGCGUUAAGUGCUUCUCGCGAGUAUUUUGUACGGGGGUUAGCCUUUAUAUGGAUGUGUAAAACGUCCUUGUGCGUAUUUGUGAGAGCCGAGCAAAAAACCAUAGCCGCUACCAAUGCCACUAGCGACAUGUCCACCGUGACCUCCUGUCUCUCAAUUCCAAGUUUCUUCCCUACUCCUGUCGUGGUGAUCGUGCGAGUUGUCCUUCGCUUGCGAGACUCUACUGUCAUUUCCCCUUCCCCAUUACUUUUGUUUUCUUUUAAACGUACGUGUACAUCUUGUGUUCCUUUUUCGCCAGCUGUAUAACGAAGCAAUUUAGCGGAAAAGAUGACGAAACUUGUUUGCGUGUAAUUUAAUGCCUCCUCUGUACAUAAAUAUAUACAUAUUAUAUAUAUAAAUCUAUAUAUAUAUAUUGCGUCCAUGUGCGUGAGCAUGUCAAGUCACGUGUAUACAGUGUGGAGAAAAAGAAGCAGGAAACAAUCUUUGUAUACUCUCGAUGAGCUCGCGGCAGCUUGAUAACAUUUUUGUUUUUUUUUUUCCUGUGCAGUGGUGUUUAUUGCGUAGUGUAAGCCAAGCUCACCUGCAGCUGCAAGUGCAGCAGAUUCCCCGAGUCAGUUCAAACAAAAAGGCAGCGUCUACUUUGGCUUGAGUGUAUUAUUAUUAUUUUUCCUUAGAGAUGGGUAUUACUAUGCAUGACUGCCAUACGUUGUUUUACAGUUGCUUUUAUUGAAUGUGUUAGGAUCGUCCUUUCUUUUGUUUGUUUGUCUGUUACGAAGAUGACUGCACAUUUGAAAUUGCACAAAGCUUUUGUGACAUCGUUUACAUGCGUUAGGUGGAAGUUGUUAAUCUGACACACUUCUUGUAUACGGAUAAAAAAACAAAGUAGCCUUGUCCUGUUCUGUUAGAAAAGCACAUUUUUGCCCUGCCACCUGUACUUUUAGAACAAAUUUUUUGUUUAGAUAAAUUCUGUUUACAUCUGUAAGCAUUACACUUCUACAAUAAAGCAAAUUUGUCUAUAUAUAUAAA